UGACUGGUUUGUUUUGCUGCUUGGAGACUCGCUGAGGAGAGGCAGAGGAACAGCACGGGCUCUUCAGCGCUCAGUAUUCCUGUAUUUCUGAACACCAGCGCUUGUUAUUAGGAUUAAACCGGUUCAGAACGCGACGUUUCGUUGUUUUUAACUCGAAUUUAAAGCGCAGGCUGUCUGACUGAAGACGACACGGUCCUCCAAACAUGCCUUCAGAAAAGACGUUCAAACAAAGGAGGACAUUUGAACAGAGGGUGGAUGAUGUUAGACAGAUCCGAGAGCAGCACCCAAACAAAAUCCCCGUGAUCAUUGAGAGGUAUAAGGGUGAGAAGCAGCUUCCCAUUCUGGACAAAACAAAGUUUUUGGUUCCUGAUCACGUGAACAUGAGCGAACUCAUCAAGAUCAUCAGGAGGCGCCUGCAGCUGAACUCCAACCAGGCUUUCUUCCUGCUGGUGAACGGUCACAGCAUGGUAUCCGUUUCCACGGCCAUUUCCGAGGUCUACGAGCGCGAGAGGGAUGAAGAUGGCUUCCUGUACAUGGUGUACGCCUCCCAGGAGACUUUUGGAUGGGCCGACUCGCAGUAGAACGUCUGCCUCCGGCUGUUUGUUCUGGACAAUAAUACAUCCCUCCCCCACCCUCUGCCCUCUUCUAUCAUAAAGCACCUCUACACCCAAGCAGAUCAGACCGAGGGUCCUUUCUGCUACGACGGCCCUGUUGACCCCAGCCAUGAUCAGAUCCUACGUUUCCUUCCUGUAACCCAGCCUCCGUUAUUGGUGUUCUCUUCUUCUUAUGGAUCAAAAAGGGGUCUUUUUUUUUUACAGAAUGGAUGAGUUAAAGGGUAGUGAAUGUAAGAAAGGCUGCAUAUAAUCAGUGGGAUGGACUGGUUUGUUUGCAGAUAGGUUUGUUUUAACAAUUUUCUUCUUUACCCGAGGAGAUCUGUGUGUGUGGUUUUAGACGCAGUCAGCACACGAUGAUUUACUGAAACGGUUUGAGACGGCCGUGUGAAACAUCGAAACUUAACUUGAGCGCAUCAGAUCUGCCUGGAAUUUUCUUUCUUUUAAACUGGGAAUAUCUUAAAUCUUUGAAGAAGUCUGAUGUAAAACAUGACGUGGACUGCACAGUUUAAAGUUCACAAUCAAAACUGGUUGGACUUUAUUUUAUGGAACACAAAUGAGUGCUUCACUUAGGUUUUGUUCUUUGUUUAAUAAAGUAUGAAUUAGACAUUUCUGAUGCAUAAUGAUUUACCAUACUAUUAUGACCUUAAUUGGAACAUAAUUAGAGGUCUGUUGUGUGAAAAACACUAAGAACAGCAUUAGCAUUCCUUCAGUAUCUAUGAUAAUGCAUAAUAAACAUCAUAAUAUACUACCCCAUGUGGAUUGAAUAGAACAUUAUUAGAUACUAAUGGAAUUUAACUGCCCUGUCUGUUUUUUUAGUGAGUGAUUAGUAUAACCAAUUGAGUUGAGAAUAUGGAACACAUGCACACAUUUGAAUGCAUUAAACUCUUAUUAACUCAACACAUAAACAUAAAACAAUAUCAUAUAAAACCUGGCAUUGUCUGGACCCUACACAAAUUAAGAGUGCUCAUAACAUGCAGAUGUACGUAAACAUUCUUUCAGAUUUUGACAAAUUCGUUUAUUAAGCAUAUCAGUCCAAACAAUGCAAUUAUUUGUGAAUUUUACAUAAAAGAGCAAUCAAUUUUUUUUGCAUAGAGGUCAUAAUAAAUAAAGCUGAACGCACAGUAAUUAUCUAGGCAUUAGGAAUGUCUAAUUCUAAUUCAGACAAAAGUCUAUAGAUAAAGACUUUCAUUUAUGUUCCUCAAACACUGCUAAACUAAAGCUCUUCUAUCCAGACAUAAUUUAUUUAAAUGAAUGAACUCCUCAGCUUGUAUAAGCUUCUGUGUAGUUCUCGGAUGUAGACAAAUCUAAACAGUGCUCAGUUUCAGAAUUUGACUUCUUGUGUCCCUUUGGAACAAGGUGUUCUCCGUUAUCUAGAGCUCCGUUUAUACAAACUGCUUGCCGUUGAUAAACCAAAUUUGAUCGGAGGUGUUUAGCAGUUCUGCCUUUCUUCUCUCAACUUGAGCUUUCUUCAGGAAGACUGUGGAUCUAUAUUCCCAUCUUGAGAAAGCAAGAAAAAAAAGGAAGUAUACCCUGCCGUGCUUUUCCUUACUGAUUCGUUCCUGAGUGAUUUAGACCAUUUAGACAGAGUGUGGCUCACUCAGAUGUGGGUGAAAUUGCUUAUAUUUCUCUCUCUCUCUCUCUCUCUCUCUCUCUCUCUCUCUCAAAAAAAAAGAAAUUCUUGCUAUGAUUGUAGUGCAAAGCUUUGUAAUGCAGAUGUAGGAACAAUAAGAGAAACCCAUCCUCUAAACAAGUCAGACACAUAGGAACAGAGGAUACGUCAAUGAAUGUCGUUGUUUGCAAAAAAAAUGCUGUAGAUGGAAAGCCGCUCACCUGUGCCAUGACGCGCAGGAAGGUACCAGUUUUAGAUGUAGGCUGACGUCACUUUAACAGGUGCAGGCAUCCCUGAGUUUGGGCUCCGACGGCUCCCAAAUCACUGCUUUUCUUCUGGUGCACGCUUUAGAAUUCCUAAUUUGAAUAGAGAGGGUUAUUUACGCCUUUAUAAACGCAUAAGUACAUGUGCUACUGUACGCCACUGUCAGUAUGUCUUACUUAUAACUGUACAACAACAAGAAAAGAGAGGAAAAAAAAAAUAGAUGCCUUUUAUCCUGAGCAUCUCUUUGCUUUUAGCUUUGUCUUGUUUUUAUUUAAAGAGAUGUUUCCUUGUACAGAUGUUCAUAUGCUAUACUUCUGUGUAAUGAACAAAUAAAUGAGUAAAUAAAUGAAAGGUGUUGGUUGAAAGCAGGUGUAAUGGAGAAGGACAGCAGAGGUGAUGUGUUUUAUCUGUUCGGUCCCACCUCUUCUGCAUCUCCAUAUUUACAGCAAUAGUACACUGCUCUGUUCAUGAUCUUUCUGUUAUUUUAAAAGAUAAACAAUAAAACAGAGGAAUAUUCAA